CCAGGGCUGCCAUUGGCUGUUUCAGCCUGCAGCACUCCUUACACACAGUCACCACUUGUUUCCUUGUGAGACAACUAUAAAAGGUGUGCAGCAUCUCAGAGGAUCCACACUGCACCCAGGAGCCCUGAGCACAUCACCUACCAGACCCGCUGUCCCCUGACAACUCCGCUGGGCCAGCACCAUGAACAACCCGGGGUUUGAGCUGCAAGAAGACGGACUGGAGAGAUAUCACUCCAACGUAAAAGUGCAAAAAAUCUAUUAUGAAUGUACACAUGAUGAGAAGAAGCAUUGCUCGCUGAUGAAAAUUUUCUUGGUCUGCUUCCUGGCUUGUCUGAUAACCACCGCUGUCGGAGUGCUGAUUCUGUGUCUGGUUUAUCUGGGUCAUUUUGGUCCGACGACAUCUCAGCAGGUUCUGAUUCCUUUUUUCCCGGCUAGUAAAGACCCUCCACAGAACACCAAUAACACCAGUGCCACCAGAGAGCCCCGCUUCAGCUUCAUGAGUCAGCUCGGGAAAUCCAAGGUUUUUUCAUUUGAAGGAGGAGCGAUCCAGUGGGCCCGUUACCGAAACAACCACAAAGACUACUCCAACGAGAAGGAGAUGCAGUUUGGUGCCAGCAUCAAUCAACAUCAAUCUAAAAUGACGGUGGGGACGCUGCAGAUCCUCGGUAAAGGGCUAAGGGCCCCACACUGGCAUUUCAAUGCCAACGAGCACGGCUUCCUGGUGCAGGGCAAGGCAUGGAUCGGGGUCGUAGAUGAGGGUGGCGAUGAUGUCACCACCUACAACGUCACCGCCGGCCAAGUCAUCUUCUUUCCAAAGAACACGCUGCACUGGGUGAAGAACGUGGGCAAUGAAGAUUGCCUUUUCGUCCUCUUCUUUACUACCCACGAUGAGCUCAGCACCCUGGACGUGGAUGAUGCCUUUUACAAGACCCCAGAAGAUAUAGCUGCCAGGUCCUUAAAGCCAGUAGGUGGCGUAAACUUUAUAAGAACCUUUAAGGAACCGAAAGAAGAUCAAGCAAUAAACCUUCCCAAAAACUUGGUGGAACUGAUCCAAAAUGCCAGCUAUGUUCAGUCCAACUACUCCAAUGUCUGGAAGUACUUUUACGACUUGAAAGGGUCCAGAGAGUUUGUCUUCCCUGGAGGAAUCAUACAGUGGGCUCGCUACCGCAAAAACGGAGUCGGCCUCAAUGAGACUGAGAAAAUCUACAGUGAAUCCGUCAAUUCACACGCUGACACCCUUACUCUGGGUACCCUCCGAAUAAAGUCAAAUGGUUUGAGACAGCCACAUUUCCACUUCAAUGCACAUGAGAUGGGGUAUGUCAUCAGCGGAUGCGGUCAAAUUGGAAUCGUUGGCGACAGACCCGUCCCGGACUUCACGGUUGGCAUUGGUGAUGUAUUCUUCUUUCCAAUUGGGACUCAGCAUUACAUCAAAAGCACGUGUGAUGAGGAUUUAUUCAUGAUCCUGGCUUUCAGUACCGGAAAUCAGCUGGAAACACUGGAUAUGGAUGAUUAUUUCCACGCCACAUCCGACCACAUCCUCGCUCAGUUAUUCCUAAAGAAGCAGGGAGAAUUUAAGAAGAUUCCGAAGUUUAAGGACGAUCAAGCGGUUAAUAUGCCAUAGACCUUGGUGUCCAUUAUCCAGGCUCUUACCAGCACCUUACUGGUUACAUACUGGUGUAAUCUCUUGACCCCUUCUACACCAUUUUAUGAUAGAUCGAAGGCUGGCAUUACAUUGCAAAACUUUUUCCCAAUGGCUGGACUGUCCCAUUGGGGUCUUCAUAAACUGGUCGUAUUGUCAUAUGUUGGUAAAUGUUGCAAAGGAUCUUGAAAAAUUAGACCGUCGGUGAUUGAAUCGUACGGAAGUGAUUGACCAGGGUACGCACUGAUGGACAAAACAUGAUGGACCAAAUGUAAUUUUAUGAGCAAAGGACUCUUUUGGGCCAAUGGCGAUGCUCCAGUUGGAGAGAAAUGUGAUCAAUGGUUAAACAAGAAUAAUGGUGCCACAUAGACUGGUGUAACUUGAAGCUCCUGCGCCCUAAUGCAAAACGGAAGCUCCACCUACCAUGUGACAUUUAUAAUACGGGUGCCCUUUUAAUGUAGGAGAGUGGCCCCCUUAGACACUAGGAGCCGGGUCUCGCUUCUACCUCUGAAACCCUUAAAGCUAUGUCCUUAUUUAGGCUGCCCCACUUGGGCAAUGUUAUAGAGUGUCCCUCUCCAUGAACCACAGCAGAGGGUUUGUAAGUAUCAGAAGCUUCUGCCAUGGUGGUGCCAGCUUGCCAUUCAUCGGAGUGGUCACCAUGUAAUGCUCUGUUUGGCCUGCAGGGGUCACUGUGGUCACUAUAUGAUUGCCAACAUCUGAUUAGCUGAUCUCUAACCAAAUGCAUUUCAAAAAUUGGUUGUCUUCAUGACACAGCCCCUUUAAAGCUGUUGUCCCAAGAUUUAAGGAAGCACUCCAUUUUUAUUCUUUCGGUCUUCCAUUUGUAACAUUGGCAAGGGACAAGGUCUCUCCGUGUAGUACUCUCUCCCUUAUCGAUGGUCCAAAUGAGGGGCCAAAAUAAAAACAAAAUGGAGCACCUCUUUAAACUUACCCCCUAUCCACUGGAUGGAAGGAUGCACACUGCCGCUCCAGCCAAUCGCGAAGGGACCGCUGGAGAUAGUGGAGUACAGCGCUAAGGAUGAGCAGCAUGUGCGGCUUUCUCCAUUCAUUGCUAUGGGACUUCCAAAAAUAGCCAAGCGCAAAUCUUUUAAAACUUUUUUUUCUACACAUUUAUGGAGCGACAUAUCUAUGACUGAUUGUAAGCGACUAUGGCUCUCCUGGUUAUAACAAGAACCGGAUGUGUUGCUCAUAGCAGCCAAUCAGAAUUCAGCUUGAAUUUGUUUAAACUAGGUCAAAGAAUAAAAUCAGUGUUCUAAUUGGUUGCUACAGGAAAAAUGUCUAUUUUUUGCCUGCAGUAGUUGUGAUACGUGAGGCCCACUUUAUUCUAUACUGUGACUUUAUGUGCAUAUUAUGUACAGUAUGUUUUGCAUACAAAAUGUGAUAAAAUAAUGUUAAUAAAAUUGAUAUGAGCCAUC